CAAAGAUAGAUGUGUGUGUGCGUGUGUGUAUGUGUUGCGUAGAGUAUGGUGUAUAGUGUAUUGUCGACAGGGUAGUUGCGUAAUGCCGGCGGACGAAAACGGGCUGUUGCCGGAAAUGUAGACAUACGCAUUGUUGAAGCUGAAGUGUUUGUGUGAAGGUGGCCGUUGUUAGAGAUUCCAAUGCAUGUUUUAGUAACAGAAGUCCAUCGGUCCUCAGCUAUUCCGUCAUGCUUCUGCAAUCAGUGAACACAAGUUUUUCCUUUUUUAUAAGCUGCAUAGUGUUCUUAUUCGGUGUUUCACGAGUUACCGGCGUAGGAGAGGUGAUAUAUGCAAUUAACGCAGGCGGCGAAUCACACACAGACAGUUUGGGGGUAAGAUAUGAAAGGGAUCCUCUCCACGGAAAGGUGGGAACAGCAUCUGACUAUGGAAAGCAGCUUAUAAUAGGAAGGGUACCGCCUACGGAUCAGCUGUUGUAUCAGACGGAACGGUAUCAUCAUAGCACUUUUGGUUACGAUAUACCCAUUCAUGAAGACGGAGAGUAUGUUAUGAUCCUGAAGUUUUGCGAAGUAUAUUUUAAUGCACCAAACAUGAAGGUGUUCGAUGUUGUUCUAAAUGGGGAUCUCACAAUAGUUCCAGACUUAGAUAUUUUUGAUAGAGUUGGAAGAGGAGUUGCUCAUGAUGAAUACAUACCAUUCAGUGUUGUAAAAGGGAAACUUUACUAUAAUGAAGAAGAGUCUGAUAUACGUGGAGGGAAGAUAAGAGUCGAAUUUAUCAAGGGAUAUCGAGACAACCCUAAAAUAAAUGCAAUUUGUGUAGUAAAAGGAAAAUUAGAAAAUGUUCCAAAACUGGCACCACUCCCAAAUGAGCCCGACUCGGAUGACUACCAGGAAGAAACAGAGGAACGACGAGCAUCAAAGAAUCGUAGGCCUAGUGGUCCACGCACUCCAGACCCUUACUCAGUAGAUGAGACUUCUGUUAUGCUCCCUGUUUUUGUGGCCAUUGGUGCAUUCAUCCCUCUCCUUUUCUGUCUGUGUAAGCUGUGAUGGCCUGGGCGGGCAGCGAACCGUCGGCAGCGAGAGUGGCGGGAUAGUGACGCGUGGUUGCGCCCGCCACCCUCUGCUAUCGACCGCUGCCCGCUUUGCCAGAGGUCACCGUUGGAUUCUUAAUGCUAUGGUGCACGUCCAGAUGCUACAGAGAGCUCAGCACUUUGUAUUACUUUAUGAAAAGUAUGUAGUGCACCUGCAAAUGUUCAGUAUUGUGAGAGACUGCAUUGUGUAGAAACUAUCACUAAAGCAUCAAAAACUACAGCAGUAUUAUAGAUAUGCACUGCAUGGAUUUGUGUGUGUCUGUACAAGUUUUCACCGGGAGACUAAUUCUGUGCUGCCUAGCAUUCAGAUCAGUGGAGAAUUAGCAGGCUGGUUCAAAUUGUCACUGCAGUUUGAUAACCUAAAAUUUCCUCAUUGCCAUAUAUCAAUAGAAAGAAGGGAUCCACAUAUUCCAACCAUUGAUUUGGCAAUUCUGAAUGUGUAUUGAUAUAAUGUGGGUUUAACUGAUAAAUUUACGUAUUAUUGUAUCAAUUUGGGCACAACAGAAGACUUAUCAAUUGCAUCAUUAUUACAAGAAUUACCACAUGAUGCAUCCAGGCUACGCCUCAUGAAUGUUGUGAGUUUUGUAUGUGGAACAAUCACAAAAAGACAGAUUCUAACCAUGUGCUUAUCUCUGUCAAGAACUGAAACUCAGUAUACUCUGUUAAUUUUUGUUUACAUGUUUACAUUCAGAAUUUAUGUGCAGUCUCUCUCUCUCUCUCUCUCUCUCUCUCUCUCUCUCUCUCUCUCACUCACCCUUUCUUUCUCUUUUUGUGUGUGUAUAAGAUGGGAUUGUGUGUUCGUUUUGAGGGUUGGUGGGAAGUACAGUGAUUUAUGCUUUGUUCCGGACUUUUAUUGUAUUUGUAAAAUAAUUCUGAAACAUAAUUUCAGUUUUAUAAAGUCUAAAGUGUCUAUUGACAUCAGAGUAAGUCAGGGUGGACUUUAGAAGAAAAAAAAAAAUGAAGAAGAACACACAUUUGUAAUUUGACUAUUUUCCAUCUGCUAUUUUUUGCUCCAUGACACAGAGAGAAAUUUCUGUUCUAUUUACCUUUUCUUCUAGGAAAUUGUCCCAUUUAUGUCAAUGCCAGGUAAUCUUAACUUUAGCAGAUGAGCAAUCUUUAUAAAUCUUUUACAAGUGAUUAUUUCAGUUCCAAUGAAAUAUUAGAACGAUAUGUAUGUUCCUCAUUGAACUCUGUUUAUGUGUCUGGAUGACUCUAUUAUGAAUGUAACGGGUAAUCCAGUUAAACUUUUAGAUUUUGUAUUAUGAAUUACAAAUGUAAUUCAUGGUUAGUGGUGCUAGAAAUUUCAGGAUUGAUUGACAGUUUGUUGGUCUUUUUUCCAUAAUAAAUGUUGAUAGGGUGGAGCCAUUUCCAGCUAAAUGGCUAUAGUUUAGUUUAGAUAUGAUAAGAGAACACAGCAUUUCAUGAACAGUUCAUGUCUCAAUGGCAACAGAAUACAAACUCUUCAUAUUGUUAACUGUAAACUGUACUUUUGUGCCACUGAAAACUAUUACUUUGUUAAUUAUAUACAUUUUAGGCAGACAUCUCUCCAAGAAUGACAAAUCUUAUGUGCUUAGAACAAGACAGUAACACACCACUAUAUUUUUGCUAUCUCAGUGCACUUUAUCCUCAAAGAGUGUUGCUUUAACCAAAAGGGAUUAAAUUAAAUAAAAGGUAUGGGUGAUGGAACACUUGAUGAUUAAAUUUCAGACUUAAUUUGUAAUCCUCCUUUAUGGGCCGAUGAUAAAUACAUAGAUUCCCAAACCUGCUUCAUAUCAUUCGCCGUUAGCAUAAUAUUCUUUAAUGCUUGUUUUUCAUACAGACAGCGUACUAAAAAUAAGUAUCCAGUGUCUGUCUGAGAAUUCUUCUCCUCCAUUGUCUCCAUUUCUUUAACUCAUACUGCACACUAGUAUUGCUGUCUUCUUCUUAUGGCCUUAUUUAUUUAUGCUCUUUCAUGAUGAGCUAUGUCUAUUGAUAGGGCUUCUGGUGUGUUGUUCAUCUCUCUUUUUGUCUAUGUGUUUUAAUGUUAUGUUGCAAUUACUUCACCAUUUCCCUACACAAAUCAUUUUAUAUCAUUUCAGUUUUAAAUUUGCUUGCCAUGCUGUCUCUCUGCCAUUAAUGUUCCAUCACCAGCAAAUAAGUUACACUUCAUUUUCCCAUGCAGUUUAGUGGAACACAGCUAUUUCUGGCUGUAUUUCAUGAUACACAAUAAAUUCCCUUUAAUUUGUAUGUUGGACAUUUGGGAUUGCUUCUUUGAUACUUACUUUUCUACAUACUUAAACUGCUGUGCCCGUGUUGACUAACCUUCUCCUUUUUUUUUUUUUUUUUUUUUUCCAGCCCUAAUUCAAUUGUUAUUGUUACCUUACCUAACACACCACAUUUAAUUUUAAGAAUGUUUGCAGUAAUAGAGUUGAUUUGAAACAUUUCACAAAUAGUGUGAAACAUGCACUAGAAAUCUAUAAGGGGCAUUAGUUAACUGAUAAAGUUACUAGGUACAUUACCUACCUUUGAGUACAAACUUUCACAAGUUCAGAAGUGAACUACACUGUGUGAUAGUUCAUCACUGUGUCAGUGCAGAAACACAAAACAUCUUUGAAAACAUUCAAAUAUUUGCUAUCGUAUUAGCAGGCUGUAUCAUCUGUUGCAGUGUGUGCGUGUGAAAAGACAGGCACCCAGAAUUGUUAUUCAGUUUGGGUUAUUCUGAAAGUAAAUGUACAGGGGCUCUCACGGGACUAUGUCCUGGUUCACUCUGGUACUAUUGGACAAUCAUCAUGCUUAUUCACAUGUUUAUUUAACAUAUACCAAAGCAUACAUGUGCAUUAUUUUUCUGCUUUCUCAUAUACAAAAAGAAUGUUAACUGUCUUUAACUCUCACACCUCGUGACCUUAAAGCUGAUGAAUCUAGUAAAAUAACAAUGUGUGGGCCAAGUGAAUCCUACUAGUCAUAAUUAAUUGAGAUGAUGACUUCUGACAUUAUUAUUUUGAAAUAAAUAUGCCAAAUAAUAAUUGGUGUAGCCAACUGGGUACAGAAUCGCUUUCAUUUUGCAUCAGUUGAAAGGAUAGAAAGUUAUAUACUUAUGCAGAACAAUGUACGAGUUUAAUUUUACCUCACCCUUUGAUGCCAUCUGAACAUGCUAAUUCAGUUUUUACAGUUUAAUCAGCCAUGUCAGUAUUUGAAAGAAUCAUGUACUUUCUGUUUAAUGUGUAGAAGUUGUUAAAAUUUGUUUGAUAAAUUUCUCGAAUUACUAGCUGAAAAUUUCAAAAGUAUCACAUGGACCGAUCAUGUUAUCGUGGUGUGUAAUGAACAAGCAAGGCCUGUACAGUAUGGUCUUUAUGAUCACUAUGACUCCUUGUAAUUUAUCAUUUUAUUGAACUGCGUUUGUGGAUGAUACGAACAGUGAACGAAUAGGUAUGGUGACUUUUAGUGUCAUUUAACACAUUUUACAUUAUUAUUUGCACUGUUUCAGAAUUAUUGUAAGGUUGAUAUACUCCACUAAUGUAGUUGAAAAGGGAGGAACACAAUAUUCAUAAGCAUAAGUUAGCUUGCUGAAUAAUUUCAAAUUUGUUUAAAACUGAAAAUUAUUUAAUAUACUGGCCAUGCACUUUUACUUCUGUGUCUUGUAGACUAAUAAUGCAGGUUGCCGCACUGAAAUAAAAUGAUAUUCCCUAUGUUUGUUAAAAAUGUGGUGGUUGGUGAUGUGAUAAAGAACAUUUUAUGAACAGCUAUAAUGUAUUGCUGCAUCAGCUGUUGUGUGUUGUACAUAUGAUUGUAACAAAUAUUUUUCAUUGAUGAAUGGGAAAUGUUAAAACAUAAUGUUGUCUCAUUUUUAUUAUUGAAGACAGUGUCACUAAAGUUUUUGGGUGGUGUCUGUUCAGAAUGUGCAAAAUUUGUGUGAAGAUGCAUGAAUCAGUUUGGAGAUGAACAGUUACUAUCUCAGUGACUUUUUUGUGGGAAUGUUUCGCCUCUCUAUUUGAAAUAAUGAAUUACAUAAGUUUUCCUCUUGACCCUGCUUAUGUGUGGAACAUAUUUUCAAAUGCCUGACAUGAUUUUUGAUGACCGGUGCAAUGAAGACGCUUAAAUUCAAUGAGCUGUUUUGUUGUUAAUUUUUUUAUAUUACGCUUUUUUUAAUUUGGCAGUUCUGCCAAUGAAACAUAUUUUUCAUGUUAUAUAGUAAUUUUUAUGUGUGUUGUGCAUUUUAUGAAGUUAUUGUUUGCUAUAAAUAUCAGUAUUUUGAGGAUUAAUUGUUGUGGGGUUUUGUCAGAUGAAAUAAACGAAUUGUUGCAUAUUUGAAAGUACCAUUUUCCUUGCAGACUUUGUUUUCCAUGUGCUUCAUUACUUUAUACUACUUAAAAAGUUGAUAAUCAUUCCAUGAAACAUUGCUCACAAAGUAGCUGGAAUAAAAUUUUAUCAAUUUUAAAAUGUAUGUACCAUUUUAAACAAAGCUGUAUUUAUAUAUAAGCAUUGAAAAAGUCAGAUAUGACUUGUUAAACUACUUACAGAGCAGUUCAGUAGAUUCACUUUGUACCAAGAUUGUGCUACCAAGGGAUAUGUGCAGACUUCCAUAUGUUAUCACAUACCUGUAUGUGCUGUACAUUGCCUCAAUCUACAUGAAUACUGGAGUAAUAUGCAUGUGUGUAACUGCAGUGUUAGUACAAAUAUUUAUCUGUUGUUUUGUUUAUAAAAAUUGUUUGCUACUUUAAUAAAAUCAAUAAAAUGGGAUAAGUUCUGUUUUAAAA